UCACAUGUGCGGCGGUUGGUUUGUGUGUGACGGAGGACUGACUGAGGACUGACUGAGGAUUACAGUUUUCGCUAAGGGACUAUGAUCUGAUUUGGGUUAAAUCCUAUCCUGUUGAUAUCUGCAACUACUACACGUUCUACCAAAAUGAAAUAUCGACACAUCUACACGUCAGUUGGAUGCAACCGCACUUGCGAAUGUGCCGAUUGGAACUCCACUGGACUAGUGGCUUUCGGUGCAUGUCACAGCGUAGCAAUCCUAGACACAAAAUUCCAAGAAUCUUGCAAAAUAAUACAAACAUUGGUGAAGCACACAGGACGAGUGAACGCAGUGAAAUGGAUAAAAAGAAAUGACUCAGAGCGAGAGGAUGAACUCAUCUCUGGCGCGGAUGACCACCUCGCUAUUAUUUGGAAUCUUUCGAAACCGGAGGAGACAAGAAUCUUAAAAGGGCACAAUGGCGGGAUCACCACCGUAGAUGCCAUAGAAGCUGGUGGUAAGUUGAUAGUUGUCACCGGAUCGUCAGACUCAACAAUUAAAUUGUGGGAAGUGAACGCCAAUGAUAUUAAUUGCUUCCAAGAAAUAUCGCUAAAGACCGGAUUCUGCUUCGCUGCUCGCUUUGCGAAACUACCAGGAACUGACGAAAUUGUACUGGCGUAUGCAACGGAUGAUAACAAAAUACGACUGUUGCGUCGAAAAGAUGGUAACUGCGACCAAUUUGUACCAGCUUUCCAAUUGCUUGGUCACGAGAAUUGGGUUCGCGGGCUAGACUUCGCCGUCGAUAACAACUCGGAUCUGCUUCUGGCCUCCUGUUCACAGGAUACAUUCAUACGACUGUGGAGGCUUUCACAACGUGCCCAAGAGGAGAGCUUCAUAGCUGAUGACUGUUUGCUCCAAUUGCCAACGGGAUGUGUACACGCGGACGAACAAUUUGAUUCAGGAGCUCAUCCUAAACUUACGGUUACUUUAGAGUCAGUUUUACAAGGCCACGAAGACUGGGUCUACGGAGUCCAUUGGAACCAAAACAAGAACGAACUCCAGCUUCUAUCAUCCUCAAUAGAUAAAACAAUGAUCAUUUGGUCGCUAAGUGAGGACGACGUCUGGUGCGAGAAAGUCAGGGUAGGAGAAGUCGGUGGCAACGCUAUGGGUUUCUAUGGUGGCAAGUUCUCAUGCGAUGGGAGAUCAAUCAUCGGUUACGGAUACUUAGGGACUUUCCACGUUUGGCACCAAUCUGCCGAGAAUGAGAAACUGUGGGAGCCUGGAGUCAUAGUUGGCGGGCACUUUGCAGACGUGCGAGAUGUUUGUUGGGAGCCGCAGGGACAAUUCCUUUUUUCAACAGCUGCCGACCAGACGACUCGAGUGCAUGCCCCAUGCGGCACAAGUAAGUCCCGUGAUCCAACCUGGCAUGAACUCGCAAGACCACAGGUUCAUGGCUACGACAUGCAAUGCUUGGCGGUGCUUGGGCGUUACAAAUUCGCGAGCGGCGCUGAAGAAAAGGUCAUUCGUGUAUUCCAAGCGCCCGUGAACUUUGUUCGGAAUUUCAGAAAUCUUUGUAACAUCACAAGCGAUCCUGAUGGCGACGAGAUUCUAAGAUGUGCUCCCGUGGGAGCAUCUUUACCUUCUCUAGGUUUAUCUAACAAAGCAGUGCAGAAAAACAGCAGCGAUAAUGUAAACAAAGAAGAAUCCAUAGAAACGUUCAACGAAGAUUCGGCGGAUAGGCUAUUCCCGCCCCAGGAAGAGACAUUGAUGCAAGGAACUUUGUGGCCUGAAACACAAAAGCUUUACGGCCAUGGCUUUGAGAUUUUCGCAUUAACAUCAACAUUCGAUGGAAAAUAUUUGGCGUCGUCUUGUAAAGCGUCUUCAGCGGAACAUGCACACAUACUACUAUGGGACACUUCAACUUGGAAACAAAUCCAAAAACUCUCCUCACAUCAAUUGACCGUUACACAAAUGCGAUUUUCAAGGGAUGGUAGGUUUCUAUUGGCUGUUUCGAGAGAUCGACGCUGGUCGCUCUUCGAGAAUAAAUCAACGAACGGUGUGAGCAGUUUCGAAUUGGUGGCAAUGAUGGACAAAAAGGCAGGAGCCCACACUCGAAUUAUAUGGUCAUGCGAUUGGUCGCAUGAUUCCAAGUACUUCUCAACCUGUUCUCGCGAUGGUAAACUGGUAGUAUGGGCGGUAGCUUCUGAUGAUGAUGCAAGCAAAGUUAAUCCUCAUGUUGUGGCCUCCAUUGAAUUGAAAAAUCAGUCGAUCACUGCUUGCGCGUUUGGAUACGAACAUUAUCAGGAUCAGAGCUAUUUGAUUGCGUUUGGUUUAGAAACUGGAAUAAUUAAAUUAUGCAGAUUCGAUAAUGUUCUCACGGAACUAAUUUCUCUGGAGGGUGCCCAGUCACACCAUUUGACUGUGAAGCAAUUGAAAUUUCGACCGUUAGAAGGGGCAGUUCAACUGGCCAGUUGUGGAGAGGAUCAUAUAAUCCGGAUAUAUGAGUUUUAUACUUAGCAUUGCUAGCAAUAAAAUAUUUUUUAAUUCUCA